UUCAUGGUUAUGCACUUCACAGUUUUUGCAGUGGUGAGUUACUGAAUGGUAAGUGGACUUCUUUUUAUUUGGGCUUUAUUGUCUUUAACUCAAAACCCAACCCAAUCCAAACCCAAGCCCAAUACUCCUAAGCUCGACUCCGUGUAUCAGAUUUACCAUACACCAGCAAAUCAGACGUCAACUAUUUCUUCAGUCCACUUAUAUAAACACUUAGAUCAACUGAUCAUCUAUUUUCCCAAACAAAUUAACAAAUUUAAUUCAAAUUCUCCCGCCAUUGAAGUAGAGAAAAAAAAUGAAGGAAAAUCAAACUCCUCGGAGCAAGGACAUCAUCCACCGCCGGCCGAAAGAAUCUCCUUAUUCCAAAUCAAUCUCCGAUCAAUCAAAGAAGCAUCAAAAAAUUACAAAGAAGAGCUUGAAUGCUGAAUUCGCUUCAGUUUCCGAAGAUUUUUCGGCUGAAUCAGUGCAGGAACCACUCAAUUUAUCGGUCAUUUCUGAAAAUUUGUGCGAAGAGAAUUUAAUUGGAGAAUCUGAGAGCCUUCUGAGUUCAAUUGGAGCAGAAAAUCAGUCAAUCAUUACAUCAGAGGAAGCAUUUACACCAGUUUCGAAGAUCUCAACAGUUUACGAUGAAUCAGUCAAUUCCUCAAUUGAUUGCAGCAAUGUAGUUGGAUCAAACAGUUCCGUCGAGGUGGAUUUGGUUGUGAAUCUUCUGAAGCAAGCUAGAAGUCAAGUUUCCAGCUCCAGUGAUGUUUCCGAUACAUCAAAGAAGCUUCUGGAUGCAUUGGUUGAGGCCUCUGUGAGAGACUUGAGUGUUUUGCCUGACGAAGGAGACAUAAUUGGUGCAGUUCUAUCUAAACGAGUUGGAAUUGUUGCGGUUUGUUUUAUGGUUUGGUUGAUCUCUGUGGCUAUUAUGUUCUUUUUUUCGCUGUUCCGGAACUCGAAGCUCCUCUUCUUUCAAUCCUCAACCUACCUGAGCAGAUCCUGGAGUAAAUUCAACUUUUGGUCCACUUUUUUGAACAAUGAGUUGGGACAGGUUUGCUUCACAUUCGCUUUUGAAGUGUUAGAUGAACAAGCUGUGCUUUCUCUGCAAAUUUACCUGGAGGAUUAGUGUAACUAAAUCUGCAAUACCACCUUUUACACAAGAUCGUCGAAGUUGUCAUCUUGUCUAGAGGUAAUUCUUCUUUUACACUGGCUCUUACGAGCUGAUGCAGUUUCUUAAUCUAUGUUGAACUAUGGCUCAUAGGUUGUUACUUCAUUCCUCAAAUAGUCAAAUUACUCCUCUUUGUUUCCAUAACAUAAUCAACUACAUAGAGAAAAUAUGACACUCAAUGUGAUGUCACUAGCUCUAAAUAUGAUGCAGAUUAUAUGCUGAUUAAUUAGCAGCAAUGUUAGGUACAGUAAUACAUACUAUUAUAGUGGAGCUAACAUGAUUAAGCUCCUUAGUCAAAAGCUAUUGUUGAAUUUCAUUGUACAAACCUUGAUGCUCAAGUUUUACUCUGUGGUAGGCUGGUAGACCUUUUCACUGUGUGUAAUCAUAAUUAGCAUAUAUUAACAAAUCUAAACAGGAUUUAAAAGUCAAAUUACUAAGAUUAUAUAAUUAGCUGAUUUGGCUUCGUGCUAUUAUAGGAAUAUUCAAGUGUGUGAAGUUCUAUAUUAGCAU